AAUCACUUAAGGGUAGUGCAAGGGCACAAGUGAAAGCUCAAGGACAAAAAGCACUGGGAGUCUUGAGCUGGCGGCAAGGCUGAAGGCACUGUGAACGAUGCUUCCUUGCCACAACCUCCCUAAGCCGGGCAGUGAGGAUCCUGAAGGACAUAGGAGUGAGGUGGCGGUGGCGGGGAAAGGCCCACUCACAAGUUAUCUGUUAGGUGCUGAUGCUGGGAGCAGCGGCGGCGCUCUUAUUUCCUCUCAAUGGGUAUAUCUGCCCGGGAGCCAUACUUCUGGGGCUCCCGGGCCCGGCUAAAUGGGAAGGUGCAGGAGAGCCGACCUACUGGCGCACAGGGAACGCCCGCCGAUACUCAGCACCCGGGUGCAGGACCCCGGCGCUGCAAGGGUGGAAUCAGAGCGGAAGACUCACGGGGUGGUGCCCGCGCACUCGAGCCAAUCGCGGAAGACGCUUCCACGUGACUGGGACUGGCCAGUAGGCGGCUGCGGAGCAAUGGAGGCUGAGGAUUUAGGUGGCAGAGAAUUGACAAUUGAUUCCAUAAUGAACAAAGUGAGAGAUAUAAAAAAUAAAUUUAAAAAUGAAGACCUAACUGAUGAGCUAAGCUUGAAUAAAGUCUCUGCUGAUACUACAGAUAACUCGGGAACUGUUAACCAAAUGAUGAUGAUGGCAAACAAUCCAGAGGACUGGUUGAAUUUAUUGCUCAAACUAGAGAAAAACAGUGUCCCUUUAAAUGAUGCCCUUUUAAAUAAAUUGAUUGGCCGUUACAAUCAAGCAAUUGAAGCACUUCCUCCAGAUAAAUACGGCCAGAAUGAGAGUUUUGCUAGAAUUCAAGUGAGAUUUGCUGAACUAAAAGCGAUUCAAGAGCCAGAUGAUGCACGUGACUACUUUCAGAUGGCCAGAGCAAACUGCAAGAAGUUUGCUUUUGUGCAUAUAUCUUUUGCACAGUUUGAGCUCUCACAAGGUAAUUUCAAAAAAAGUAAGCAACUUCUUCAUAAAGCUGUAGAAUGUGGAGCAGUGCCACUAGAAAUGCUAGAAAUUGCCAUUCAGAAUUUAAACCCAAAAAAGCAGCUACUUUCAGAGGAGGAAAAGAAGAGUUUAUUAGCACCCACAGUAUCAAAUGUGCAGGAACCAUUCUCCAGUACACUUGGGCAUUUACAGAAUAGGAACAUCAGCUGUGAUUCUAGGGGACAGACUGCUAAAGCCAGGUUUUUGUAUGGAGAGAACAUACCCCCUCAAGAUGCAGAGACAGGCCAUCGAAAUCCCUUGAAACAAACAAACAAGGGUAAACGGGCAUGUCCAUUUGGAAGAGUCCCAGUUAACCUUCUAAGUAGCCCAGAUUAUCAUGAGAAGAUGGACGGUCCAGUGGUACCAACUUUUACUAAAAGACAGUUCUCUGGAUCAGAAUGCCGAGAUACAGUUGUGCCUGGAACUAAAUCAAGUGGAAAUGAUUCCAGUGAACUGAGAAGUUUAAAGUCUGUUCAAAAUAUUCGUUCCAAGGAACCUCUGAUGACAGAUGAGAAGAGUUCUAAAAUUAUUACUGAUUCAAUAACUCUGAAGAAUAAAAAUGAAUCAAGUCUUCUAACAAAAUUAGAAGAAACUAAAGAACAUCAAGAACCAAAGAUUCCAGAAAGUAACCAGAAAUAUUGGCAAUCUAAGAACAAGUUGGAAGGUGUAAACCAGAAUCCUGAUGCAUCUUCAAAUCAGUGGCAGAUUCCAGAGAUGAUCCAAAAAGUUGAUACAGAGCCAAAACAAACCACUUUUGAGCAACCUGCCUUUUCAGUUUCAAAGCAGUCACCGCCAAUAUCAGCACCUAAGUGGACUGACCCAAAAUCUAUUUGUAAGACACCCAGCAGCAGUGCCUUGGAUGAUUACAUGAGCUGUUUUAGAACUCCGGUUGUAAAGAACGACUUUCCACCUGCUUGUCAGUUGUCAACACCCUAUAGCCAACAUGCCUGUUUCCAGCAACAACAGCAGCAAAUACACGUUACUCCACUUCAGAAUUUACAGAUUUCAGCAUCCUCUUCAAAUGAAUGUAUUUCAGUUAAAGGGAAAAUAUAUUCCAUACUGAAGCAGAUAGGAAGUGGAGGUUCGAGUAAGGUAUUUCAGGUGUUGAAUGAAAAGAAACAGAUACAUGCUAUAAAGUAUGUGAACUUAGAAGAAGCAGACAGCCAAACAAUUGAUAGUUACCGGAAUGAAAUUGCUUAUCUGAAUAAACUACAACAGCACAGUGAUAAGAUCAUCCGACUUUAUGAUUACGAAAUCACAGACCAGUACAUCUACAUGGUAAUGGAGUGUGGAAAUAUUGAUCUCAAUAGUUGGCUUAAAAAGAAGAAAUCUAUCAAUCCAUGGGAACGCAAGAGUUACUGGAAAAAUAUGUUGGAGGCAGUUUACACAAUUCAUCAACAUGGAAUCAUUCACAGUGAUCUGAAACCUGCUAACUUUCUGAUAGUUGAUGGGAUGCUAAAGCUAAUUGAUUUUGGGAUUGCAAACCAAAUGCAACCAGAUACAACAAGUAUCAUUAAAGACUCUCAGGUCGGUACAGUUAAUUAUAUGCCACCAGAAGCAAUCAAAGAUAUGUCUUCCUCAAGAGAGAAUGGGAAAUCCAAAUCAAAGAUAAGCCCCAAAAGUGAUGUUUGGUCCUUGGGUUGCAUUUUGUACUAUAUGACUUACGGGAAAACACCAUUUCAGCAUAUAAUUAAUCAGAUUUCUAAAUUACAUGCCAUAAUUGACCCUAAUCAUGAAAUUGAAUUUCCUGAUAUUCCAGAGAAGGAUCUUCAAGAUGUAUUAAAGUGUUGUUUAAUAAGAGAUCCUAAAAAGAGGAUAUCCAUCCCUGAGCUUCUGGCACAUCCAUAUGUUCAGAUUCAAACUCAUCCAGGUAACCAAAUGGCUAAGGGAACCACUGAAGAAAUGAAGUAUGUCUUGGGCCAACUUGUUGGCCUGAAUUCUCCUAACUCGAUUUUGAAAGCUGCUAAAACUUUGUAUGAGCACUAUAGUGGUGGUGAAAGUCACGAUUCCUCUUCAUCAUCCGAGACUUUGGGAAAAAAAUGGGGGAAAAAAUGAUUUGCAGCUACUCAUAAACUGUCAGGUAUCACCUGUAAAAUAUUUUGGACUAUUAUACUCUUGAUUCUCUGUGGAAAUCUACUCAGCUUCACUCUGAAAUGUCACUGGCAGAAAAAUUCAGUGGAUCAUCCUCAAAAGAAAACUAUAAAAAUAACCACUAUAUGUCAUGCUGUGUAUUAAAUUGUAGAUUGUUUUCUCUUUUACGCUCCUUUGUAAAUCCGAUGUAAUUGAUAUCACUUCACACUUGGGAUAGUGGGUGGAAAACCGAAAUAUAUUCUCAAGAACUAUGUAAAUAAGGCUUUGUAUAGUAUAAAAUGACACUAAAA